UGACCUUGGGAAAUCCCCGUCGCAAAAAUCGCACUCCUAUUCCCCGUAGCAAGUAUGUUCGGCUUUCGGCUCCCGUCCUCCUGCCCUGCGCAGUCAGAGGGCGCGCGGGGUCCGGGGAGCCCGAUUCAUGUUUACGCCCGUCGUCAGCUGUUCGCGGGCCAUGAAUGUGCCGCGCCCGCGUCGCAGCCAUCGAUUGACUGAUACCUGAGCGAAGCCCGAGCCACGUGCGGCCCGACAGUGCCGCCUCUCCCGCCGGCCUGACCGCGCGUCCCGCCGCGUACGCCCCGCACAUGUGACGAUACAUCACCCUCAAUGGAUUACCGAAGGUGACCAGUCCGCACCAACAACUCGACCCCCACCGGUGGACGUUAAAUGCGGACGGCGGAGCCGGGGCGGCGCGCUGUAAGGCACCGGCGAUGCCCGCUACCUGAGCCGUGCUCGGCGGCGGUGCAUGUACGCGGCGGCGGGCGGCGCGUCGCUCGCGGGCCGUAAGGCGCGCCAGCACGGCCGCCAGCCCGUGCCGCUUAGCCCCGGGCACAGCCCGCCACACCCCGCGCCGACCGGCGUCCGCGCCUAUUCCUGCCAGCACUGGGAGUCCCGGCUCCAAGCGCCGCCGCCGCGCCCGCUCUCCACCGCCGUCUCCGAGCACUCGGCGUGCGAUGUCGUCGAGUGCGCAGCCGGGCGUGCGGCAUGGCAGGAGGCGGCGGCACUGUCGGUGGGCGGCGGCGGCGCGGGCGCGGGCGGCGCGGCGCGUCGCUGCUCCGUGCUCGGAGACCACCCCGGCGCGCGCCGCGACCAGCGCGGCAAGUGGCACAGGAACAACCGGGUUCGAGACGCGUCAUACGGCUCGUCGUCGGACUCUGACGGCGAGGGCGAGGGAGGCCACGGGGAGCCGUGGGGCGUCGCGAGGCUACUGUACGCAGGCCUCGGGACGCUUGCUGUCGGCCUCGUCGUCUAUUUCGUCGGCACUGGUGACAAGGGGUUCAAAACGCCGGCUCUGCGACUGGUGGGUCCAUCGCUCAUCAUCGCCGGCCUGGCGUGUUGCCUGUUGCGAAUCGCCUUCUGUAUAUUCGCCAAGCCCUGCUGCCGACGGCGGACCAACUACAAGGAGAGCAGAAGACUGUCAGGAGGAGAAGGCGAGGAGAUGCCGCUGGCGGGCGGCACGAGCGCGCGGGCGGGCCCGGCGCAGUGCUCGCCCGCGCGGCGGCUGGACGCGUCCUCGUGCGACGUCUCCAGCCUGUCCAGCGGCGAGGAGGACGAGAGGCUGCGCCGGUAUCGUACUGCGGCUGCCCCGCCGCCGGUGCCGCACGCGCCGCCCGCGCCCCCCCCGCCGGCCCCCCCACCCGUCGCCGCGCACCCCGCGCCCCCCUCCCGCCGCCCGCCGCCGAGAAACGUCUCCUUCGCCGGCCCCAACGAGGGCGAGCUCGUACUCAGCCCCGCUCAGCUGCGAUCCUAGCCCAGCAAUAAACGUGACUCUAAAGGCAACGUGAAGUGAACUUUCUAUUCCAUUACUUAAGCUACGAAUUGUUGAUUAUUUGCACGUUUGAAUAUAUUAUUGCAAGCUCCUAUCUAUAAUCGUAACUAAUUGUAAGUCUGUUUUGCUAGUUUUUAUUUGUUAUA